AGUUUACGUCUCCAUCUGGUGCGAAAUAGUUGUGUUGCGUUGUGUUGCGUUGGCUGUGUUGGAGUGCAGUGCGUUUGUGUCUGUGCGGUCGGCGAAUUAUCUUGUGUGGCUUGGAAUAAAAUGUAUAGGUUUGGAAGGAGAUAAUGAACAACACCACAACAACAGCUGCCCCCGCUGUUACGGCAGUGACUGCGGCUGCCACCAAUACCUCAGAGCUGCCUGAUGGCACCGUCACACCUCUCGUGCCGCUGCCCGGCGAGGAGGGCUACAUCUUCCUGGAGACCGUCUCAGCCCAGGCCAUCGCCGGCGCGUUCGUGUGGGCGGCUCUCCUCAUCACAGUCCACCAGAUCUACCAGCAUCUGCGGUUCUACACCAACCCCGCAGAGCAGCGGUGGAUAGUGCGGAUCCUGUUCAUCGUGCCCAUCUACGCCUUCGACUCGUGGCUCAGCCUGCUGUUCUUCAAUAAGAAUAAUUACUAUAUCUACUUCAACACAGUGCGGGACUGCUACGAAGCGUUCGUCAUCUACAACUUCCUGUCGCUCUGCUACGAGUACCUGGGCGGCGAGGGCAACAUCAUGUCCGAGAUCCGCGGCAAGCCCAUCAAGACGACUCUGUGCAGCUGCACCUGCUGUCUGGCCGGCCGCAGCUACACCAUCGAGUUCCUGCGCUUCUGCAAGCAGGCCACUCUGCAGUUCUGUGUGGUCAAGCCGGUGAUGGCCUGUGUCACCAUCGUCCUGGAGGCCUACGGAAAAUAUUCGGACGGAUACUGGAGCGCGACGAGCGGCUACCUCUACAUCACCAUCAUCUACAACUUCAGCGUUUCGCUGGCGCUCUAUGCGCUCUUCCUGUUCUACCACGCCACCAGGGAGAUGCUGCGACCCUUCGAUCCCGUCAUCAAGUUCUUCACAGUGAAGUCGGUCAUCUUUCUGUCCUUCUGGCAGGGCGUGCUUCUGGCCAUUCUCGAGUGGAGCGACAUGUUCGAGGAGCGCAGCUACAUCAACCCAGGCACCAUGUCGGCCGGCUACCAGAACUUCCUCGUCUGUAUCGAGAUGUUCUUCGCCGCCAUCAUGCUGCGCUACGCGUUCCCGCAUACGACCUACUCCCAGGAGUGUUUUACCGAUCCGAGCGGACGGUCGGUGACCAUGACGAGUAUCUCCAGCUCUCUGAAGGAGACGAUGAACCCACGAGAUAUAAUGACGGACGCGAUUCACAACUUCCAUCCGCAGUACAGCCAGUACACCCAGUACAGUGCCGGCAUCGGUGACGGCAGCAGUCGCCGUCCGCCCGCCUCCCGGCCCGCCGAACUGGACGUCACAUCCACCGCAGUGGCGCCGCCUGUCGGCCCGUCGGCAGGGUUUCAGGAGCUGCGCGCGCCGCCAGGCGGCAGCACCAGCGCUCCGCCAGGUGGCAGCACCGGCGGCAUGGUGCCGGGCUAUCAGCAGGCCGGCGGUCGGCCAAGCAAGAACCACUCUCGUACCCACUCGGGCAGCUACGACGGUGACGCCGGUGUGCCCCAGUCCAGUCUCCAUGGCAACAAGAGACCAAACAACCCGCGCGUCAGCGGACUCAGCUACACGGAGAAAACCACACUGCUCUCUAGCGACGACGAGUUCCCGUGAGCGGCCGCGACCGGGGCGACACCUAUACCGUAGUUAGUUACUCUGCGCGCCGCUAGGUGUCCCUGACCGGUGAUUGGGUUCGGUGAUUCUGUGAUUAGUUGAGUCGCUCCGCGGCCUGCGAGGGCGGUAGACGUUUUCUGUUGAUAUCACGUGCCACCGCAGCGGAUAUACGCCGUGAUAAUUAUGCGCCGCUGGAGCAUAGCUCGGGUAUAACAAGCUAUGAUUUUCCCAGGUGUAAGUUAUGUACAGUGUUUUUGUAUUGCUUUUCACACAUUUAGCCUCACGCAUUGAUGUAAUUUUGUUAAAACUAUCGCUGUUGUAGUCUUUUUAGUAUCUGCGAUCGUUUUCGUCCGAGUAGUGUUGCCUGUUGAUUGCAUAAUGCGUCUCAUAUAUCGGGUGUGAUUCGACAUUCGCCUGGCGCGCGUGCGUUUUCUCGCCAAACACCUAUCUACUUACGAUUAGCUUUUCUGAGAUUUUCGGCGGCUGUAGCUUCGAUGUAACGAUCUCUGCUCGUACGAGAUCAGCCGGGGUGAGAGAGUGUAUUUAUUCGGUGUACCUUCGCCAAUGGGUGACCCGCAGCGCGGGGUCUGUACGGUUUCGAUCAAGUAGUGAGUAGGGGAGGGCGGGACUCUUCUUUGGAGUAAGGUGGCCGAGAGUUAAGUUGUGGUCGAGCUGUCUAUGGGAGUGUAUCGGUAAUCUUCGAUGGCGUGAUUCCGCUCUCAGUCUCUAUCUGUCGGUUUCGAGUGAAUCUAUCGACAUUUGGAUGAAUGAUUGGCUUGUGUCAGUUUGUGGUGGUGAGCGUAUACCAUAUGUGACAAUAUGUGCAUAGCAGACUAGGGCGUCGAUCUUUAACUUGUCUAGCAUAUGUCUUCAAUCUCUGCUAUCAGGUUAGCUACUCUCCCCAUAAAUAUUGUCUUCAGCCCCUCUGUCAGGUUUGCGUGAAUGCUCUGAUGCGUUCCCCUAUUGCCCUAUCUGACCGUACGUAUUUAGUGCCGUGUACCGCUGUAUCGUAAUGUGUACGAGUGUAUGGCAAUGUGUAUGUGGAUGAUGCUGUUGGUAUGGCUGGUGUAUGCUGUUGGUAUGGAUGUAAUUGUAUAUGAAUGUAUGAGGCUGUAUGGUGGUGCUAAGACAGUCGUGUGGUAAAUGUGGCACAAUGGCGAAUUGUCUCCUCAGCUCCAAUCCUGGUGAUUGUGAAGACCAGGCAGUGUAAGGACCAGGACACGUUUUGUCUAUGUCUGUCCCGUCCCGUCCUAUUGUGGUAUCGGUCCGUGAUCUCGCUGAUACGUCUAUCAAAUUUCAGUUAAAUUCAUCAUUCCUUGGCACCGAUAUAUUCAUUCAAAUCACUAUUCAGACAUAUACCGCUAUGAUGCUCUUUAUUUCACAAGCCCCAGUGACUAUGGGUUCGUCUCUCUACUUUUCCUCGUUAUCUUUUUGCUCUCCCGCGCCCUGUAGUGUGCUGAUUGUACAGCGUUAUUUAAGAGUAUCCACCCGGAGUUUCUCGCAGUGGAGCCGGCACGAUUAUAUACCCAAUGUGUAGUGACUGCCUAUUGAGACUGUUCCGUGUGUGGCAAGUCCAGAGUCUCUGUGUGUCCUCUGUUCGCUGAUUCGUCCUUCCUUGCUGGCUGGUGCUGAAAGGGACGUAUGGGGAUACGAUACCCGUGUAGGAAGGGACUCGGGCGGGCUGGAAGGGACUCCGUCCUAUUGGAGUUUGCCCCUGUCGUACGUAGCAUGCCGUUUCGUUCCUGGAUGUUUUGUUCGCAAUGUGUAUUGGUGAUUGUUGGAUGGGUUAGAAGGGAAGAAGCGGGGAGGGGUUAGAAUUUGACGCCACACGGCUAUAGAAAUCUGUGUAGAAACUGCAAAUGUGCGAUACGGCUGACCGUGGUUACAAGACAACCCAUCGGCGAUGAACUAUAUAAAACGCCAAUAGAAAAAAAACUACCCCUCAUACAUGGGCAAAGUAAAUGCACGUUUUAAACCUACCUGGAUUUGGGGUAGUAUGUAUCUGGGGUAGUCCCGUUGCGUUUACGCACGACGAAUCCCUCUGACUGUGGCGAAUCCACUGCUCUCGUGACUCUUUGUCGAGGGCUCCGUCGAUCUGUCUUGUCGUCGUCUGCGCCUCUACACUGUCAAACGAUCCACGCGCGCCCAAAGUCCGCUAUUGUAAAUAUUUAUUUUCGUACAUGUUAGUGUGCGACAAAGGUGUGUCAAAAGUGGCGCAGGACCCUCCGUGCGCCGAAAUUGGACAUCGCGCCACGGUUGUCACCUCUGCGCCGGCGAGCGAGGCGCCCGGACCUGUUAGAUCGAUUUGUGAAUGUUUAUCGGGAAAGAGGGGCUGUCGGAGGGGACGAGAGGAGGGGAGAGCGCGGGAGCGAGUGCAAGAUGUGGCGAAGCUUUGUCGUGAAUAAAACCACAAAACGGG